UUAGUGAAUGCGGCAUAAAGAUAAACAGACGUGAGCCAUGCAGACAGCUGUGGUUGUCUGCGAUGAGAGUUUCAGACGUAGCUAACACAACAUUUAUUUAAAGAAAACUUUGUUCUGUAUGCUGUGUUUUUUCCUGUCUAUAGGAUUCAGACUAUUUGGUCACUCGCUUUAACAAACAAACCAUCAGGAUGGUGUCAUACAGGCGGCUGAACCCUGAAGAUGUUCACUUUUCCAGUGCAGUUUUGUUAGAAGAACCUCGUCCUGUCCAGGAAGAAGUUCAAGUGCCGGAGCCAGAAGAAACCUCUUUGCUUCCGCAGAGGCCGUCAUGCUCUGUCACCACAGGCCUUGUGGUGAUUGGCUGCCUGCUGCUGCUCCUCUGUGGAGGCUGGCUGCUGGGCACCAUAUUCUGGAUGCACAGUCCGUCCAACCAACAGCCGCAUAGACCCCUGCCACCUGCUCAUGCACACCAGACACCAGACUCUGAGGAAAAAACAGCACUAAAUGACACAGCAGCUGCUUCCCGCCGUCAGGCUUGCAGCUUGAUCCCUGAGGCAUGGAGGUUUGAUUGCUACCCUGAAAGAGGGGUGGUUGUGACCCGGGAGUUGUGUGAGGCAAGGAACUGUUGCUUUAUUCCUGCAUCCGCUCCCUCCUCCGCCACCCGCCCCUCAAAGCGAAAUGGUAUCCCUUGGUGUUUUUAUCCUUCAGAUUUCCCUUCCUACUCGCUUGUGUCAAUAAAUGAUACGUCCCUGGGACAGAAGGGUGUGCUUGUAAGGGAGGUGAAGACCUACUACCCAGCAGACAUCCUCACUCUGGAGGUGGAGAUCCGUCAUGAGACAGACACUCGACUUCGUGUCAGGAUUACUGACCCCUCUAAUUUACGGUUUGAGGUACCGAUCAAUGUUCCCACUGCCUCCAAGAAGGCAGAAAGUCCAGACUACACUGUGGAGAUUUCAAAGCAGCCAUUUGGUGUCGUUGUGAAGAGGAAGGCCACAGGAGCUGUGCUUCUGAACACCACAGUGGCUCCUCUCUUCUACGCGGAUCAGUUUCUCCAGAUCUCCACCUGCCUGCCCACUCAGUUCAUUUACGGCCUGGGCGAGCACCGCUCCACCUUUCUGCAUGAUGUCCACUGGAACACACUCACCAUGUGGGCCAGAGAUGUGCCUCCUAUGGAGCAGACAAACUUAUAUGGAGCUCAUCCAUUUUACUUGGCGAUGGAGGACGGUGGGAACGCACAUGGCUUCUUCCUGCUGAACAGCAAUGCAAUGGACGUGAUCCUUCAGCCUGCCCCAGCCCUCACUUGGCGUACUGUUGGUGGAAUCCUUGACUUUUACGUUUUCCUUGGUCCCGAUCCGGGUUCAGUGAUUGGACAGUACGUGGAAGUCAUAGGCUACCCAGCGAUGCCCGUCUACUGGGCUUUAGGCUACCAUCUGUGUCGCUGGGGCUACAAGACCAGCAAUUCUACCUGGGAGGUUGUGAAGAGCAUGAGGAAUUAUGGGAUACCUCAGGACGUCCAGUGGAAUGAUAUCGACUACAUGGACCAAUUCAUGGACUUCACUUUUGACUCAACAAGGUUUGCCACGCUGCCUGAUCUGAUCAAGGACCUGCACGCUCAUGACCAGCGCUACGUCAUGAUCCUGGAUCCGGGCAUCAGCAGCACACAGCCAGAGGGCUCAUACUGGCCGUACGAUGAAGGGCUGAGGAGAGACAUUUUUAUUAAAGACGCUGAAGGAAAAACACUUAUUGGAAAGGUGUGGCCUGGUCUGACAGCGUAUCCCGAUUUCUCUGAUGAUGCAACACAUGAAUGGUGGUAUGACAACCUUCAGAGGUUCCAUCAGAAGGUGCCUUUUGAUGGAUUAUGGAUUGACAUGAAUGAGCCGUCAAAUUUCCUGGAUGGUUCUACCAAUGGCUGUCCGUCCAGCAGUCUUGAAAAUCCUCCUUACACACCUGGCGUACUAGGAGGUUUGCUGAGAGGCAAAACACUGUGUGCCACUGCACAGCAGAAGCAGUCCAUACACUACAAUGUGCACAGCCUCUAUGGACUUAUGGAAGCUAAAGCGUCUGCAAGUGCUCUGACGCGGAUUGUGGCCAAGAGGCCUUUUGUGAUCUCUCGCUCCACCUUCCCCAGUCAGGGGAUGUACUCUGGUCACUGGCUGGGAGACAACAGGAGCCAGUGGAAAGACAUGUACACGUCAAUUGCAGGUAUCUUGACCUUCAACCUCCUGGGCAUCCCAUUGGUUGGAGCAGAUAUCUGCGGCUUCAGCGAGGCACCGCAGGAGGAACUCUGUGUCCGCUGGACGCAGCUGGGAGCUUUCUAUCCCUUCACGCGCAACCACAAUGCCAUCGACAUGAAUCCUCAAGACCCGACGGCUUUCAGCCCUCUGGCUCGCACAGCCAUGAAGCAGGCUUUGCUGCUGCGUUAUUCUCUCUUCCCCGUCCUCUACACUCUCUUCCAUCACGCACAUGUGCACGGACACACUGUUGCACGGCCGCUGCUGUUUGAGUUCCCAAAAGAUGUCAGAACUUAUGGAAUUGACAAACAGUUCCUGUGGGGGAAGAGUUUACUGGUGACACCCGUACUGGAUCCUGGAGUCGACUACGUGGAUGGUUACUUCCCAGAGGGUCUGUGGUACGACUACUACACGGGCGACUCUGUGCACGGUAAGGGUGAAGAACUCCGACUCCACGCACCUCUGGAUAAGAUCAACCUGCAUUUACGCGAGGGCUGUGUGAUACCAACACAGGCGCCCAACACAACCCUGUGGGUGAGCAGCGGUCAGCCUCUUCAUCUGGUCUCGGCUCUAUCUGAAGAUGGCUCAGCCAGUGGUGAUCUGUACUGGGAUGACGGAGAGAGCAUCGACACCUACGAGACCAGCCGGUACUCCUACAUCAUCUUCAACGUGGAAAAGAACGUGAUGACUUCAGAGGUGCUCCAUAGCAACGUGGAGGCCACAUACAUCACCGUGGAGACGGCUUCCUUCUACGGUGUGAAGCAGAAGCCGAGCAGAGUGCUGGUGAACUCCCAGGAUGCGGCGUUCACCUACAGAGUCAACCAGGUGUUAACAGUCGCAGAUCUCGGGCUCAACCUCAGUCGGAACUUCACCAUCAGCUGGAUGUGAUGAAUCAGGGGGUUUCUAAUCGUUGCUUUCAUGUGCUGUUGGCUGUUUAAAUCACAAGCUGCCGCACAGUGCAGUCUGUGAGUGGUGAUGUCACUGCUUAGUGUUUUGGCUCUGUACUGCAGAACACUGGAGGUUAAAGGGAAGAAUAACUGAAAGUGAAGGUAUUUGUACUGGCUGAACAGUAGGACUUUUAGACCUUUUUACUGUGUAAACAAGGGCUAAGAUUCCAAACUGUUCAUCUGAUGUGGUUUAAAAAAAAAAACAAAAAAUCUCCGUAGUCGGUACAGAAACAAAACAAAGUGACCAGUUACCAGAUAAGACAAAGUGCAGACACUCUGAAGCGCAUGAGGACGUGUUUUUGUUCAUCUCAUUCAUGGCUGAAAAAACGGACUCCUCACUGGAGUUACAGAAACACACAUGAAGUAAAAACAAACAACACGCUGACCUGCGGUAGUUGGGACUCUAAAUAUCUUUAAAUAUCUCUGUGGAAAAUUUCAUGUUAGACAGCUUACAGCCGAAUUGUCGCCUGACUCGCUUUUGGCUUCGUUAACUAUUUUUAGUUUCAUGUUUUGGUUUGAUCAAAUCCGCUUUUUGAAAAUUCUCAUCAGUGGAGAAGAGGAAGUGCAAUAAGCGACAUAGGGGGUGAUCUGCCUUCUUAAAAAUGUGUCUGAAUAUAGUUCAUGAUGUAAAAUAUAUUUUGCUUGAAUGCUGUUGACAGCCUGUUUUUGCACUAGUCAGUAUACUGCGUGUCAUAAAGGUGGAUGCAGGUGCCUUAUGAUUCCUGUUGGUGUGUUGUUGAGCGUCUCUGUGUUCAGCUUUUAUAUCGUAAGCCUGUUUUCAGCGCUGAAGACCACAGCACUGCUAUGCACGAGGAUAAAUUAACCACACUAUAACAGUCUUCUGCAGAUAUUUUACUGUGAAUUUUCUCAGCCCUGGUUUUCUGACACCUCUGGCAGGAGAACAGACAGCAUUUCUUUGGUUUUCAAAAAGUUCUUCCUGCUCAUAUUUGACCUUGAUGCUGUGAAAAUCUGAUUCUGAUCUGACUUUAUAGUUUUCACAUCAACUGUGAAAAACAUGCACCUUUCUAAAGUAACUCUACAAUGUAGUUUGUGUUUAUUCUGAAACCGUCAGUGCAUGUGUGCUGUAAAGCAAAGUACACAAAACCCCAAAAUAUUUUUAAGCAUGUAAAGUCACUGAUUCACAGAAUGAUUUGUUCAUGUUGUGGUAACUGAAAUUGUAACUAUUUGCAGUAUUUUAUGGUACAUACUUGUGUGUAAUAUUUUUGUGUAAUUGAUUAAAUUUAAUUAUAAGAACUAUAUGAAAACUGCUUGAGUUUUACUGUUGUUGUUUUGUGAUAAACAUCUUUUGGGGUAGCAAACAGGCAAAGAAAAAAAAUGUGAAUUUUUUUCCCCCAAUAUGUUGUCACCUUAAAGAUUCAUGGCAAAGAAAAUUCAUGUUGUCUUGAUUUUUAGUAUAUCGAGGCCUGUUAUGAUCAACAGCUUUGAUUUGAAUUCAUUUUACCUUCAUCUGUGCUGCUGGAGCACAUUUGCCACUAGAGGGCACAGUUUCUCAACGCUGUGAUGAUUGCUUUGUAUGAGUCCUCAUAGCUGAUCCUGUGGUUUCAAUAAAGGCUUCAAAGAUCUCA